AUGUACCCCGUCGUGACUUACUGUAAGUUAGACGAACUCCUUCGAGCUCCAACUUGCUCCAUCGAAAAGCCCGGCGCAUUUCAUCUCCGUCUCUCUACUGCACAAUCACCCGUCGCUCGUUUCCCCAAGCUUGCCCCAUUACUCCAUUCCUUCGUUCCUCUCACCGAGACGACAGGCUCGACUCUUUACGAGGAGACUCUGAGUCUGAUGAUUGACUAUCCCGACCGCGACGACACUGAGCUUCGUGCGGUCGACUCCGUAUGGCUGGUACUAGACGUAAAAGCGCGGUCGUUCGACUCGGACACAGACGCAGGCCAUUAUUCGGAUUCCGAUCUUUCUCUCGAGUUCGUCCCCUUUCGACCGUCCUAUGGCUCAGCGCUCAACCUCAAGCCCAAGUAA